AUGGGUAUUCCGGUUUGUUUUAUUUCAAUUUUCCCAACCGGAUAUCCCAUGUAUGGGUAUUCCGGUUUGUUACAUUUUAAGUUUUACCAGCCGGAUAUCCCCUUUGUGGGUGUGGAUCCUCCUUUGAAGAAAUGCGAUGUAGCUCAAACAUGUGUGGAUACAACUGAUGUUUUUGUAACUGGUCAAAAAUUUGCUACAAGAGAAGAGGCGAUCAGUUGGAUUAAGGACGUUGGAAUCAGGAAUAAAGUAACAGUUAUAAUAGCUCGUUCAGAUAUAAAAACAGGCAAGCGAGGAAGAAGUGAUAAAUUAAUAUUUGGUUGUGAUAGAGGUGGAAAAUACAAAAAAACAGAUAGCGAAACCCAAAGUGCUAGUAAGAGAUGUGGUUGUCCUUUCAAAAUUAGGUCAACACCGUCGAAAGAUGGUUCUGGAUGGAAGAUAGAUGUAAAAUGCGGAGUACACAACCACGGCUUACCUGAUAGAUUUGAAGGUCAUGCUUUCGUAAGUCGACUAAAUACAGAUGAUAAGCAACAUAUUGUUGAUUUGUCAAAACGCCAUGUUCCACCAAGACACAUAUUAUUGUCAUUGCAAGAGCGUGACCCGGAGAAUGUCACUCGGAUCACGCAAAUAUACAAACAUAAGAGUAAGAUACAAAAAGACAUAAGGGGUCCUAGAACAGAAAUGCAACAAUUGCUCAAGUUGGUUGAAGAAUCAGGUUAUGUUUACUGGAGUAGGAAAAAGGAUGAGUCAGAAGUUACAAACAAGUACAGGCAACCGUUGUUUGAAAUAGUUGGUAUGACAUCAACUAAAUUAACAUUUGCUGUUGCAUUUGCCUAUAUGGAAUCUGAGCAGACAGAGACUUUUUGUUGGGUAAUGGAUAAGUUGAAACAGUUGUUUAUCAAGCAGGAUAAUUGUCCUCAAGUAAUCUUGACUGAUAGAGAUCUUGCUUUAAUGAAAGCCAUUGAAACAAUAUUCCCAAAGACAGCUAAUUUGCUUUGCCGAUUUCACAUCAACAAAAACGUGAAAUCAAGGUGUAAGGAACAUGUUGUGGAUGAUAUGCGAGAAACAGUGGAGAAAAUGUGGUUUGAACUGAUAAAGGCUAGUGAUGAGUUGGAGUACCAUCAACGGUUGAAACAACUUGAGGAUGCAUGUGUUGACUCCAAAGGUUUUAUUGAUUAUGUGAAUGACACGUGGUUGACACCGCACAGACAUCGAUUUGUCGAAGCAUGGAUCAAUCAAGUGUUACAUUUGGGCAACACAACAACAAAUAGGGUGGAGUCUGCGCAUUGGAAACUUAAGCAAAUGUUAGAGAAUAGCUUAGGUGAUUUAUGCAAAUGUUGGGAGGCUAUGAAUGACAACAUCAAGAUACAAGUGGGAAACAUUAGAGCUUCAUUUCAGAAGAGUUUUUAUGAAGUUGAGCAUGCACAUACUAGUCCUUUUUAUUCAAAUUUGCGUGGUUCAGUAUCAAGAGCUGCAUUGAGGCAGAUUGCUGAAGAGUGGUUGAGGAUUGACAUGGUGGGUACCGAUACGCAAAAGUGCGGAUGUACUCAUAGAAAAGUAUAUGGGUUACCAUGUGCUUGUGAGUUAGGGAGAUAUACAUUGAGUGGUGAUGCGAUACCAAUUGAGGCUAUUCAUAUUCAUUGGAGGAAACUAAGUAUGGAAGGAAAUCAAGAUAUAGAUGCAGAUGAUGGAUCAGAAAUAGACAUGACAAAUGCAAUCGAUGAAAUUUGGAAAAUGUGGAGGUCAUUAGAUGUUGUCGGAAAAAGAGCAUUAAAAAGCAGAGUGUGUGAGAUUGCUUAUCCAACUACAACAAAGAUGUGUCCACCGCCUGAAAAAAUUAAAACCAAAGGAGGGGUUAAGAAAAAAGGGAAGAGACCUGUGGGAUAUGAUGUUUAUCGUGAUCCUUCAGGAUAUGAGUAUGUUGAUCAAUCACAAAUGAGUUCUCAAAAAUCUUCAAAGAGGUUAUAUUCACAACUAUCCCAAACCUCAAAAAAUAGAGAAUUUGAUAAAUACAUUGUACAAUUUCCAGAUUACAUCAGACCAUUUAUUGAUGACAUUGUUGAUGUAAGAGAUGAUGGAAAUUGUGGUUUUAGAGCCAUUGCAUCUUUGCAUGGUUAUGGCACAGAUGGAUGGUCAAUGGUUCGUCGGGAUUUGGAGAAAGAGAUUAUAGGUCCUAGAAGCAAGUUGUAUGAGGAUUUAUUUGGUCAACGCCUUCCAACAGUGAGAUCAUCGUUGGUGAUAGAAAAAUUAGGUCAACAACCACCAAAUAAAUGGAUGACGUUACCUGAGUUGGGCUAUGUAAUAGCUAAUCGGUAUAAUGUUGUUCUCGUCUCUUUAGGUCACCUCAGUUUGAGUUACUUUCCUAUGACGAGUGCACAUUCACCUAAUGCAUCCAUUUACUGUAUCGGCUUUGUCAAUGGAAAUCAUUGGGUUCAGGUAAACAUGAAUGAAGGAUUCCCGUUGCCACCUGUCACAACUGAUUGGACGAAAUAUCGCACAAAAGAUGCAACUUCUUGGAUGGUAGGAUUUGCCGGGCGGUUACAACAUUGGCUACGGCUAAUGCCUAUACUACCAAAACAUGUCAGCUUAGAUUGA